UCGUCAUCGAAAUAGAUAUCGACGUAGAUUCGUCAUCGAUCGACCAGCUCAUUUCUCGCUGGGGAGUAGCUUCGCCACAUUUGGUCUCGAUAACAGCACCGGCCAAUCAGCGUCGAGCUCAGGGUGACUAGACUUCUGAUGCACAGAGGCGCAUCUACAAGAAGACCGUUCUCUGUUGUCAAACUUGAGUGGCGUGUACACAUAACCUCUCUGCACGUUCCGUCCCUCAGCGUUCUGUUCUACAACAGAAGUGAUAGUAGAUAUUUAGUUGAAUAUAAAAACGUUAUUCAAGAAUAUGGCUGGUCUGCAUUUGAUACAGACCUACUCUUCCGAUUCGGAAGACGGGCACGACGAGAAGAAGGAAGACGAUCAUAAAAUUGUAAACAAACUAGUCUUACCCGCGAGUAUUUUAUCGUGGAAAGGAGUUGCAUACAACGAAGAAGUGAUCGAUGAUCCACUGGAUCACGACGGGCGGAUACGAAGCUUUAAACAUGAGCGUGGUAACUGGACGACUCUGAUUUACAUCAGCCAUGCGCCCAGCGACUGCCUUCGCGCUUGGAUGAGCUCGGUGUUGAACGAGCUGCCUGUCCAAGGCAACAUCAUAUCUAGUCUUCAUAUUAGUCUCAGCCGUACCUUGGUCUUGAAGUUUCACUGGAUCGAGUCGUUCGUCGAAGGUGUAAAGUUGUUGUGCUGCAAAUUCGACAAGUUUGUCGUUCAGCUCACGGACGUAAGGGUGUACUGCAAUGAUGAGAAAACUCGCACGUUCCUCGGAAUUUAUUGUCAGGAUAAAGACGGAGCGUUGAAGUGCCUAACUGAAGCGUUUGACGAUUUAUUAGCUGGAUAUCAGUUGCCGUCGUUUUACGAGGAUACUUCGUAUCACAUCAGUUUCUUUUGGUGCCUUGGAGACGAGCGAGCCCGUUUGAAAAAACUUCUGCCGUCUCUUACUAGCAAUUUAAAUACAUUUUUGGCAGAAAAUAUGGAAGACGCUUACGUGCAUGUCAACGAUAUACACUGCAAAAUAGGAAAUAAAUGUUACACCUUUGAACUAAAAUAGCAAAUUGCAUUAGGCUAUAAAGUCUAUCUUGAGAAAUUGUAUUUAUUAUUGAAGAAUAAGAAAAUUAGUUACCCGAGAUCGCUUCUUUUAAUUCAUUAAAUUCACUGAUCUGUAGAGCUUCAAAGAUACCGUGUAAGAGAUAUAGAUUUGUUAACAAAUUGUAAAAGUAUUGCUCUUGUGAAUAUUAUAUGUAUAAAAUAUAAAUUAUUUUGUGUUAGAAGCAUAUCUACAUAUGUACACACUCGUACGAUAUUUUAUAAAAAUAAAUUAUUUCUCCGUGCACCAGAA